CGUGCCGCGCCUUGACAAUCUCAGAAAUUAUAAAAACAUUGGAUUUCAUCACACUUUACCACUUUUUAUCGCCGUCCCUGCGAGUUGGAAGACUCCUCAAGUCAUCUCAGUGUGUGCUCGAGUGUCUCGUCAGGCUGUUGCAGCCAAGAUCUCGCGAUGUCUCUGGCUAUUCUGUACAAAGCGGCCUGGCUUCUGGUGCAUCUCAUCUUCACGGUUGUGGAAACCGUGCUCUUCUACCGGAACCACCUUCUGCGGCAGCUCAGGAAGCUCUCCCCGCGAUCACAGCCCCAGAAGACACCCACCAAUCAUGUGGAGUACCUGAAGCUGCAUCGGGAGUACCUGGAGAAGAUCCCACAGCAUUUGGCAGUGAUUCUGGGCUUGGAGGAGCCAAACUUCCAGACGCUGGCCAACAUCAUCUACUGGUCGAUGGCCAGUGAGAUCAGCUACAUCAGCAUCUACGAUCAUCGAGACAUUCUCCAGUCGCGCCAGGCGGAGUUCCGGGAGUUUGUUCUCCGGCAGCGCACGACGCCAGGACACGUGGCGUUCGCCUCGGGGCCGGACACGAGCGACGGCAACGGCUUCAAGCGGCAGAUCAAGGUGCAAAUCCUGUCCAGAGCGGACGGGAAGCAGACCAUCGGCGAUCUGGCGCGCACGCUGAGCCAGGAAGUGCAGAGAGGAGAGCUGCAAGUGGACCAGAUCGACGUGGAGUUCGUGAACAAGCGCCUCGGCGACCUCACGGGCAGAGUGCCCGAUCCCGACGUGGCUGUGUACACGGGAAGCUUCUGCUGCACCUACGGCUUCCUGCCCUGGCAAUCCAGACUGACUGAGUUCAUCGCGAUUGGGACGCAGGAGCACUUUGCGCUGGACGACUUCCUGGGCGUGCUGUACCAGUUCGCGCGGAAGGAGCAGCGAUUCGGGAAAUGAGGAAUUCUCUUCUGUUCCUCGUGGUGUAAAUAUAACGUAGAUGAUUUUUGUGGUGUUGCGACGAUGAUUGGUGAUAUUAUUGAGGGCGGAAUUACAACAGAGAUGCUUCUCAACAUUCCUCAAGAGUCCUUUUUAUUUGGUAAGAGAGAAAAUUCAGUGAAAUAUGCCUAGAGAAUAAACUUCAGGGAAGCCUUA